CAAUUUGAUCCCAAUUUCCAAUACGAGAAGACACUGAACCGUUUGCAACGAUUGCUGUCCAAAGAAGUCCACAAAAAGAAGAGUAAGAGUCUAAUGGGUCUGAAAGUUGAGACGAAUCUGAAUCCGAAGAAUGAGACCAUGAAUUCAUUGAAGAGGAAGUGGUCUAAAGAAGUGGUCGAUAGAUAUGACUUAUCUGUGGAUCAGUUGCCAGACAUUAGCGAUAAUUUCUAUGAUAAAGUCGUUAAACAAAUGAAUGGAAACACAAAUGUGACCACUACUUGCGAAUUGGCGUCCAGUAGUGGCUCAGACACUGACCGCCCGGAUCAGGUGUUGACCCCACCAGUGAAUAGUGGUGUGAAAAACAUUGCGUUGGAUUUAAGUCGAAAUAAAAAGGACACAACUUCUGAGCCGCCGUUUAAACGCCUCAACGCUCACAAAUUGGUCCGAAAUAAGGCCAUCAGUACUACCGAACCAUUGCCUCAAAUCAGUGAAAGAGAUAAGAAAUUAGACGUUCAGUUCAAAGACACCCACAGCCAAGAUGAACGCAAUAAAGCAUUGGAGGCGCUGUACGAUCGCGUGAGUCCCGACCACCCGGACCUCCCGAUCUACAAACUUAUACGAGAGGGUAAUCUGAAUCUCAACAUCAGGGGCCGACAGUUUGUGGCCACUAAUAAAAAGGCGGUCAAACGUAGGGCCACGGAGGAGAUACUCAUGAAGUUGAGAGACAAUAAUCUCUCGAUUUCUAAGUCUGAGCUCAAGAAU